GCGGGCGCCAUAGUGAACGCCUAGACUGCGGCUCUUCAUCCUCGACACUCUCACCGCACUGUUUGAAGACUCUCACAACAGGCUCGGCGGAGACACGCCCGGUAUCUUGUUCGCUUCUCCUCACCGGCUCCUUGUUGGCCAUGGUGGCUCUUCGUGGUGUUCGCUGCGGCUGUUUGCUGCUGGCGUUGCUGUUUCCUCUGCAAGUUCUGUCUCAGGACCUGGACCUGGCAGACGCUCUGGGGGGUGGCCUUCUAAAAACCACUACUGCAAAGCCAGCAGCUACCAAGGCUCCUAUCAAGCCCAAACCUAAACCAGUUGGUGAUGGCUUCGACCUGUCUGAUGCCUUGGACCCCAACAAUGACAUUGGUAACAGAGACAAGAACAAGGGAAAGAGUGGAGAAGGAUUUUCCGACAGCGACCUAGUUGACGUCAGCAAAGACGACAAUUACAAACCCGACAAAGGCAAAGGCGGACGACCAGGCGAACGUAAUCAUAUUAAUCAAUAUGAAGACAACAACGAGACCACAGCAGAAGUGGGCACCAUCGCAGGCAUUGCUAGUGCCGUCGUCAUGGCGCUGGUGGGCGCGGUCACCAGCUACAUCUCCUACCAGAAGAAGAAGUUGUGCUUCGGCAUACAGCAGAGCCUGAAUGCGGGGAUGAUAAAGGCUGACAAUCCGGAUUGUGUGAUGGCAUCUGAACCACAAGUCCAACAAACGCUUCUGCAGCAAGCCAGUGCUGAACCUCGCAUAGAGGAGAAUGUUGUGUAGCGCACACACACACGCACACAGGGGUCAUAUAGCAGUGCACUGUGUUGCUGAAUUGACAACAUUGAAGUAGCUAACAUUGUUUGAAUUUUAAUUUAUAUGCACCAUUGCAUUUUUAAAGGUGAUGAUCCAUAUUCAGGAAUUUUGACUAUUUGGCAUUGAAACAAUUAUUUCUUACUUGAACCAGUUUGAAUAACUCUUACAGCGCUUCACUUUUUCCACAUUUUAUGGUACAACCUUAUUUCAGAACUGGAUGAAUUAAUUUGAGUCCUUAAAAAUUCUACACACAAUACCCCAUAAUGACAAUGUGAAGUGUUUUUUUUUAAAUUGCAAAUGUAUUAAAAAAAAACAACAACUUAGAUUUAUAUCGCGCUUUUCUAAACACUCAAAGCGCUCACAGAGAAGUGGGACUCAACAUUCAUUCACACGUGGUGGUGGUAAGGUACAUCAGUAGCUACAGCUGCCCUGGGGUAGACUGACCGAAGCAUGGCUGCCAAUUUGCGCCUACGGCCCCUCCGACCACCACCUAUCAUUCAUUCAUCAUUCAUUCACCAGUGUGAGCGGCACCGGGGGCAAAAGGUGAAGUGUCCUGCCCAAAGACACAACGGCAGCAAUUUUUUGGAUGUCAAUAGGUGGGAAGCAAACCUGCAACCCUCAGGUUUCUGGCCGCCCGCUCUACCCAUUACGCCAUGCCGCCCCGCAUUAAACAUAAAUCACUGCCUUUAGCAAUGUACAGACACAUCCUGGAAAACUAACACUUCUCAUCCAACCUGAUGGAGCUUGAAAGGUGCUGCAUAGACUAAUGGUUGAAACCGCCCUAUGAUAGGAGUGCCAAACUUGUGGUAUCUCAUUCAAAAAGACUUAGAGUAUUGAGCAAAGGAUGUGAAAACUUAUUGUUUUUUUUUUUUUUAUAAAUUUGCAGUUUAAAAAGAAAAAAAUACAUUCUCACAUUGUCAUUAUAGGGUAUUGUGUGCAGAAGUUUGAGGACAAAAACGUAUUGAGUCCAUUUUUUAUAGAGACGGUAACAUAAAACGAAAAAGUGAAGCACUGUGAAUACUUUCCGGAUGCAUUCUAACAACUGGCUAAUAUUUCACCAGAACAACAAUGUGUAUCAUUGUCAUUAUACGAGACUAAUGUUAUUAAGGUGUCCUCUUUCCUGUAAAAUGUGACAAUUCUUUAUUUAUUUUUGUUGUUGCAAACAGUGGUUGUGUAAUAUUUGCAUUUAUUUUUUUUUUUCUCAAACCAUUAACCAUUGGAGCUGCUUCCUCUAAAAUGUAAAUAAUGUUUUUUACUUUUGCCUGCCAAGCUUCUCACAGCGAUGGCAUCAUGAAGGAAGCGUGUAGAAGUUUGGAUGAGUAUUGGUUGUUUUCCCUGUGAGGUUAGAUAGAGAUUGCAAAGUUCAAACGUGGUUUAGCUUGAUGGAAUAGAAUGUACUUUGACUGUUACCGCAGUAGCUCUAGCAUUGUGAUACAACAAUGGCUGUGUCUCAAAUGGACACGAAGUAUUCUGUGUACUCCUUGCUAUACAGUGUAUCUCAUUUAUUUACCUGCUUUCUUUAUUUUUUUAAUCUACUCAAGUUGGCCCGAUUGUAGCUGAGAUAGGCGCCAGCGCCCCCCGUGACCCCGAAAGGGAAUAAGCGGUAGAAAAUGGAUGGAUGGAAGUUGGUCCCUCCCCUUUUGUGACGUGGCCAAUUGGCAAUGACUGAGGGUGGUCAGUGUCCAUUACUGCGCAGACAUUUCAUUGAGUGUAACAUCCGGGUACUGAAAGUGUUGACUUAUGCACUCAAAAUGCUAAGUGUAAGCACAAAAGUGUGGAGUUUGUGACACAGCCAGUGUUAAGCCUUUAGCUUUGUCUUUUUUACCUUUUGCUAAAAUCGCUUUUUGAAAUCUCAUUCACCGUUUAUCUGCUUUCAUAGAGCUCUGAUAGAAUAAUUAUCAUGAUAAUCACAAUUCAUCUUAGUGUCUGCAUCUUCCUCUCAUCUUGCUGCAAAUUUGGAUUUGACCAAAGAUAGCCGACUAAAAGUGACUUUUAUUAACAUGUGCUUGCACACGAAUGUAACAAAAUGAUUGAUUUGGAGUGAAAGUGUAGUGUUAUUGCUUUUCCGACCUUACAAAUAAUGUCUCUCACUACAUAGGUGCGCUCAUUUAUUAAAUCACUAAAGUCAACACACUUUUAUCGCAUUUCCUACGCAUACACCUAACUAAUUUUUCUGUGUGAAUUUGACAUCAUGUACAUAUCAAUUUGCACAACAAAAUGUUAAAGGUUUUCAUCAUUUUGUGUCUGUUUUCUCGCUAUAUUACAACAUAUGUUAACCCCCUGUUAGCAGAAUACACUAGUACACUUAAUAAAACAUUUGUGAAAGACUGA